AAAGGAAAAAUGAUAAAAUGAAGUAACUAAUGCGGUGUGGCGCCAUCUUAUCAUCGUUUUUUUUCUCAUAUUAUCCAACACCAUAAGAGCCAAAGGCAGCAGCUCUCUCACUCUCCUCUGCUCUUCAUGGAGUCUCUUUCCAGAUGCUUCUCUGCUUCCCCACCACCUCCACUAAACCCUUUCAAAACCCCUAAAUCAACUCCAAAAUCAUAUUUUCUCUUCUCAAAUCACAAUCCCAAACCCCUUUCCUUCAAUUCUCCUCAAACCUUCUCCUCUCCCACCAUUGAACACCAAUCCAACAACCACCCUUUCCUCAUCUCCAGUAAUUUCGACAAAGAUCUCUCUUUAUUCAUCUCCCACCAACUUUCUCUCAAAUCCCACUUCUCUGUUCUGUUUCUUGGAUUCUCUUUCCCACUUUCUUGUUUUGCCUCUGAAACCGCUGCUCUUCCUACUGAAGAAAUGCCCAGCAAGAUUAACUUGGAAUCCAUUUUGGUUUCCAUUGAUAACUUUUUCAACAGGUACCCGUUCUUUGUUGCUACCGUCGUUUUCAUUUGGCUUGUUGUGAUCCCCUUAACUGAGGAGUAUUUUCACAAGUACAAGUUUAUCUCUGCCAUUAAUGCAUUCAAGAAGCUACAGGAGGACCCCAAUUCUCAGUUGUUGGAUAUAAGAGACAGUAAGAGUGUGGCUUAUUUGGGUUCUCCCAAUUUGAAAAUCUUGAAUAAGAGUGUGAUGCAGGUCGAGUUUCUAGAAGGAGAUGAAGAGGGUUUUUUGAAGAGGGUUUUGGAGAAUUUCAGGGAGCCAACUAAUACUACUGUUUGUAUUGUAGACAAUUUUGAUGGUAACUCUAUGAAAGUGGCUGAGCUAUUGGUUAGGAAUGGUUUUAAAGAGGCUUACGCUAUUCGGGGAGGGAUUAGGGGCAAAAAGGGAUGGCAGGAAAUACAAGAGACGCUCCUACCUCCAUCUGUUCACAUCUAUCCUAAGAAGAUGACCAAAAUUCCCAAACAACUUGAUACAAAUGGAAGGCUAAAGCGAAAGGAUGGUAACAAUGAUGACUUGUUCUCAAAUACAACAGGGUCCAGUUCUAGUAACACUCCUAUAGAAAUCAAGAAUGAAGAUUUUAGUUCCAUUAGUCCCACUGUCCAAUCAAAAGGGGGUCAAAGGCCACUGUCUCCAUACCCAAACUACCCCGAUUUCAAACCUCCAUCUUCCCCAACUCCAUCAAAGCCAAGUUGAUCCUUCCAUGUUCCUUUAGCAUCUUGCAUCAUCGUUGUUGCUGAUCUCCAGGAGCAGGAGAAGAAACAUACAGAUUGCCCUGAUCUUGGUUUCUUCUCAGGGUACAUUCUUAGAAUGGAAAAUUUCUUGAGGAAAUAAUGAUCAAAAGGUUGCGCAUUUUUAACCAUUCCAUUGAUUCAUAUGUUGGAAACAGUCCACAUAAUCUUUAGUCCUGUGAGUUUGCCUGAAAAUGCCUUUCACAAACUCUGCAUUAACUGUCAAUUUUUGGCUUUCAUUCCUUGUUCAACUUACAACUUUUCUUAGAUUUCCUGUGUUUCUCCUUCUCAUUUGUGUUCAAGAAUUUUGAGUAAAUUCACUUCUGUACAA